AUGCAGGCCAUGGACGCGGCCGUGGCGGAUUUGUACGAGGAGGACGGCAAGGACCUAGCGGGCUACGACUUCGAGCCGCUCCCCACUCUGCCGGAGGACGAGGAGAACGUGUCCCUGGCCGACAUCCUGUCGCUGCGGGACAGCGGCCUCAGCGAGCAGGAAGCAUGGGCCGUGUGCCUGGAGUGCAGCCUGUCCAUGAGGAGCGUUGCCCACGCGGCCAUCUUCCAGACCCUCUGCAUCACGCCCGACACCCUGGCUUUCAACACCAGCGGGAACGUGUGCUUCAUGGAGCUGCUCAGCGAUGACCCCGAGGGUGCCUUUGUUCCCCCCGAGUUCGAUGUGACCGGGAACACCUUUGAGGCUCACAUCUACUCUCUGGGGGCCACGCUGAAGGCGGCCCUCGAGUAUGUGGCCGAGCCCGAGCCCGAGCCCGAGCCCAGGCUGAGCCAGGACCUGGAGGCCUUACUGAGCCAGAUGCAGGCAGAGAACCCCAGGGACCGGCCAGACCUCCAGAGCAUCAUAGCGCUGUGUGAAAAGAAGAUGCUUUUCACGUCCUCCUGCCGCCUGUGCCGGAGCCUCUCGGCCGUCGGGAGGAGGGUGCUCUCCAUUGAGUCUUUCGGAGCAUUUCAAGAUGUCAGCGAGAGCUCCUGCAGCGGGAGGCCGGCGACAGGAAGCACAGGGCCCAGAAAGCAGCCCGGGGGCCGCACCGCGGACCCAGAAGGCCCGGCCCAGCGCCCCGCCCACGAAGCCCACAGCGCCCCGGAGCAGCCCGCGGCCCUGCCUUCCAAGCCCCUACUGUCGGCCCCCGUGAGAAACGGAGAGCGGCUGGCCAGCCUCGUCUUGGACGCCCAGCGCCCCCUGGGUGACCCGGAGAGGAGCUGCCUGAGGAAAGUGCAGACGUUCCCCAGGCUCCUGCCCGACGGCCCGGAGGCCAGCGCCCUCUGCCUGACGCUGGGCCCCCAGCUGCCCCCAUCGGAGCUCUUCCCUCCAGACCCCAGGAAGCCCUUUCUGGAGGGGAUGAAUGGCCUUUCCAGCUACAAGACACAGCCCUCGGCCAGACUGCGGCCAGAGCAGGAGCCUGAGAUCCGGCGGGGAGGACCCGGAGGCGCCGGCAGAGGUGGGGACGGGGCGUCUGGGGCGCCGGGCUGGGGCCCCACGGAGGAAAGCCCCGCGCCCCGACCCAAGGCCCCUGGAGAUGCAGGCGAAGAACCGGGGACUUGCAGGGCUGAGGAGGGGAUUCUGGACGGAGCUGGGGAGCCGGCUAGCACAGCCACAGAGCAGGGCAUCUCCCUGCAGGACCUCCUGUGCCAGCUGGGCCGGCCCUUCAAGGAGUAUGAGCUCUGGGCUCUGUCCCACGCGUGUCUCAGUGCUCUGCGUGCACACAGCGAGCACCCAGCAUACCUGUGCCUGGACUCCGUGCUGGUGGCCGAGGACGGGGCCGUUCUCUUCGGCCCACCCCCUGCCAAUGGCACUUACGACACGUUUUUUCUGGCUCCUGAAGUUGCAGACCAAGAGCUGGUGACGGAGAAGGCCUCCGUGUACUGUGUGGCUGCGGUCCUGUGGACGGCAGCCAAGUUCAGCGUUCCCCGAGACCACAAGCUGGCCCUGCCUCGCAGGCUCAAGACCCUCCUCUUGGACAUGGCUAGACGCAGCGCCCAGGAGCGGCCGUGUGCGGCAGAGGCCAUCAAGAUAUGCAGCACUUACCUCCUUCAGCGAGGCAUGGACAGCAGGAAGAUUUUAGCCCACCUGAGGGCGUCCACCUGCAAGGUUGACCAGGAGGAGGAGACCAUCGGCCUCCAGAACGCUCUCUCGGUGGUGGAGCUGAACCCCAGUGCGAUGCCGCCUCCCGGGCCCAGCUCAGGCUUUGUUCAGGUCGGCGGAGACACCAGGCUGGUGGCAGUGCAGGGGCCCGUGCCCACUCAACCCUCCUGCUGCGAAGCGGCCGCCUCCCUGCCGGCCGCCUUCACCUCGGCAGCCACACACUUCAAGCCCAUUGUACUGGCACCAGAUGCAGGUGACGCCAGCCCCUCCUCAGCACUCUCUCCUUCUCUCUGUGCUCUCAGGGACCGGGAGGGCACUGCGAAGCAGGCUCCCGAGACCCAUGGAGCAGCCCCCAGCCAGAAGAUUCCUGACCAGCUGGUACCGGGUGCCGGACCACAGGGAGCAGCCCCAGAGCCUCUCAGAGAGUCCGUGCCGAGAGACACGGGCCAGGGGAACCCCUGCACCCCUCCCCCUGCCCCGGCCAGCCCGCCGGAGGAGGCUUCACCAGCGAUGCCCGCAUCCUCUACGGCUGUCCCACCCCUGAAGGCACAGGUGCCCCCCACGGAGCAAGGGCCAGACCCGGUAGCCCUGCCUGGAGCCUCUUCCGAGGGCCUCAGGCCUCGGCCCCCAGGGUCCAGUGCAGCCCGCCAUGACCUGGGUCACCCAGCCAAGCCGCCCAGGAGCAAGGCCACUGAGGGCCCAGACCAGGAGCCGGGGGGUCCCCCGUCAGCCCCGAGGGACCCCUCCCUGGCCAAGGCGAGUCCAGACAGCCCCAAGGGCACCUCGGUCCCAGAGCAGGAUGACCAGGCCCCAGACAGUCACCGCGAGCAGCCCCUGCCAGCAGACCGCAAGCUCUGUCCGCCCAGUGUGGACGCCUCACCCCUCCCGAAGAGGACGGCCUGUCCGUCGCUGCAGGAGGCCAUGCGCCUCAUCCAAGAGGAGUUUGCCUUUGACGGCUACUUGGACAACGGGCUGGAGGCUCUGAUCAUGGGGGAAUACAUUUACGCCCUGAAAGACCUCACCUACGCCACGUUCUGUGGGGCCAUUUCGGAGAAGUUCUGUGACCUGUACUGGGGGGAACAGUUGCUGCACAAUCUCUUCCACGUGGUGAACGGGAGGGCAUCGGCCCCGGAGAACGCUUCAGAGGAGGCCGUGUCACAGCCCCAGGGUGACGGGACUAGCGCUCCAAGUGGCUGCUCACUGUCCAGCAAAAGGCCGUCGUUGCACGGAGCGGGGAAGGAGAAACCGGCCACCGCUCGCGUCAGCCGAGCCCCCUGCCCGCCCCCGCCGCUGUCCGACGUGGACGCAGACGAGCUCUCACGGGGUAACUUUGAGGUGGGAUUCCGGCCUCAGAAGUCGGUCAAAGCCGAGCGGGAACAGCAGCCGGAGGCCGGAGAGCACGGGCAGCAGGGUGGGGGCCCCGAGGCAGUGGCCCGGCUGCCCCGGCCCAAGGACGGCGGCCUGGCCGUGAACCCCGGCCCGGCAGACCUCCAGAGCUGCAGCCCCGGCUGGUGCAGUGCCUUCUACGAGGCCGACUGCUUCGGCGCCGACGUCUACAGCUACGUGCGGGAGUUGGCAAGGCAGAAAGCCGGUGGGGCCAUGGAUGCCGACGCCCAGAGCCCGGAGCUGGAGCAGCAGCUCAUGAUAGAGAAAAGAAACUACCGGAAGACUCUGAAGUUCUACCAGAAGCUCUUACAGAAAGAGAAGCGAAACAAAGGUUCCGAGGUGAAGACCAUGUUGUCCAAACUGAAAGGGCAGCUGGAAGAAAUGAAGUGCAAGGUGCAGUUCCUUGGACUGGUCAAGAAGUAUCUUCAGGUCAUGUACGCCGAGCGGUGGGGCCUGGAGCCCUGCGCCCUGCCGGUGAUCGUGAACAUCUCGGCGGCCCACUGCGACACGCUGGAUUUCAGCCCCCUGGACGAGUCCUCGUCCCUCAUCUUCUACAACGUCAGCAAGCACCCGCGCGGCGGCAGGCAGAGGAAGGCCCGCGUCCUGCAGGCCGGCACGCCCCUGGGGCUCAUGGCCUACCUCUACUCCAGCGACGCCUUCCUGGAGGGCUACGUGCAGCAGUUCCUGUACACCUUCCGCUACUUCUGCACCCCCCACGACUUCCUGCACUUCCUGCUGGACCGCAUCAACAGCACCCUGUCCAGGGCUCACCAGGACCCCACCUCGACCUUCACCAAGAUCUACAAGCGAAGCUUCUGCCUCCUGCAGGCCUGGCUGGAAGACUGCUACACCGUGGACUUCACUCGCAACUCCGGGCUCCUGGGCAGGCUGGAGGACUUCCUCUCUUCCAAGAUCCUGCCCCUGGACGGCUCUGCAGAGCACCUGCUGGGCCUCCUGGAGGUGGGCACUGACCGGCGGGCCGAGGGCACCUCACGUGGCACAGACCUGGAGGGCCCCAAGGAGGCAGAGGAGGACACCAGGCCUCUCAACGCCCUCUGUAAGAGGCUCUCGGAAGACGGCAUCUCCCGGAAGAGCUUCCCCUGGAGGCUGUCCCGGGGCAACGGGCUGGCCCUGCCCCACCACAAGGAGCGCCAGUACACCAUCGCGUCCGCCCUGCCCAAGCCCUGCUUCUUCGAGGACUUCUACGGCCCCUAUGCCAAGGCCAAUGAGAAGGGGCCCUACUUCCUGACGGAGUACAGCACCCACCAGCUCUUCUCCCAGCUGACGCUGCUGCAGCAGGAAUUGUUUCAAAAGUGCCAUCCCGUCCACUUCUUAAACUCCCGGGCCCUGGGCGUCAUGGACAAAAGCGUGGCCAUCCCCAAGGCCAGCUCCUCCGAGCCUCCGACCGCCAAGACGUGCAGCUUGUUUCUGCCCAACUACGUCCAGGACAAGUACCUGCUGCAGCUUCUGAGAAGUGCGGACGAUGUCAGCACCUGGGUGGCCGCUGAAAUCGUGACCAGCCACACCUCCAAGUUGCAGGUGAAUUUACUGUCCAAAUUUUUGCUGAUCGCGAAGUCUUGCUACGAGCAAAGGAACUUUGCGACAGCCAUGCAGAUCCUGGGCGGCCUGGAGCACCUCGCAGUGAGGCAGUCCCCCGCCUGGAGAAUUCUACCCGCAAAGAUAGCAGAGGUCAUGGAAGAGCUGAAAGCCGUGGAGGUCUUCCUGAAGAGCGACAGCCUGUGUCUUAUGGAAGGACGGCGCUUCCGGGCCCAGCCCACUCUGCCCUCGGCGCGCCUCCUGGCCAUGCACAUCCAGCAGCUGGAGACGGGGGGCUUCACCAUGACUAACGGGGCCCACAGAUGGAGCAAGCUCAGGAACAUAGCCAAGGUGGUGAGUCAGGUCCACGCGUUCCAGGAGAACCCCUACACGUUUGCCCCCGACCACAAGCUGCAGUCCUACCUCAAGCAAAGAAUCGCCCGCUUUAGCGGGGCCGACAUCUCCACAUUGGCGGCCGACAACAGGGCCUCCUUCCACCAGAUCACCAGCGAGAAGCACUCCCGCAAGAUCCAGGACAAGUUACGGAGAAUGAAAGCCACGUUCCAGUAACGGGACGGUGGAUGUGAUGAGAAUGCCAAAUCGAGGACAGGACUGGGGCAGAAAAGAGCCGCCCGCUUGCCGUCCAGGCCCAGGAAGUCCGUGCAGCCCAGCGUCUGCUGCCCCGGACGGGGGACCCCCAGUGCAGGAGCCAGGGCCCAGCCGAGGCGUCGGGGUGCAUGCCCGGGGGGCUCUGGGGGGUGGAGGCUCGAGGGCCUUGCCGAGAGGGAGAGGAUGGGGGCUCUGGUGGAGGUUGGGGUAUUGCUGCUAGUUUAAAACUAUAUUUUAAAAUUAACACAAAAAUAGAAUAAGUUAACUCCC